GGCGGCGAGGCUUUUCAGAGGUCGAGCGCGGAGGGGUGACGGCGGCGGCGGCGGCGGCGGUCUGAGCGAAAAUGUGACUCCGAUUUGCCGCAGGUCUCAAGCGCUUGGAAAUUGCGUUCACGUGUCGCCAAAGAUAGAACACAAAUUACGGAAGAACAUUUACUUUCAUUAUCUUCUUGGGAAACACGAGUGUCACUACAGCAAAUAACACAUUCGCCACACCAUUCACGCUGCUCACUGUCCAUCAUGUCUGCCACCGUCAUCGAGCCGGAUUUGGACGACCGAAAGCACAUCGACUUCGACCUCAACCUCAAGAUCCUGCACUACCUGGGCAUCCUGCCGCCGCCGGACGAGCACGGCAUCGGCAACAGCGCGGUGUACCGGUGGUACACCAACCUGGGCAUGCUGCUGCUGGCGUCGUGCGUGUUCAGCCAGCUGGUCGACGUGUUCGUGUGCUGGGGCGACUUCGACGGCCUCACGGUGAACGUGUCGUCGAUGCUGUCGUUCGCCGUGUGUCUCUACAAGUUCGUCAAGACGGUGCAGAUGCGCCAGGACAUCCACGACCUGCUGGAGCGGCUGGACCGCAUCUUCAUCGUGUACAUCGACCACGACAGCGAGAGCGACCACAUUCUCGAGGAGUCCGUCUGGCACUCGCGCGCCGUCACUGUGGGAUUUCUGGGACUCGGCGGACUGGCCGUGGUGUUCUGGUGUUUCCUUCGCCCGCUGCAAUACGUGUCGAGCGUUCUCAUCCACACCAUUGGCGUCCUCGACCACUCGCAGGGCUGCCACAACAAGAACCUCCCGCUGAUCGCGUGGCUGCCGUUCAACACCACCGUCAGCCCUUACUACCAGCUGACGUACGCCUACCACACCACGGCCAGCCUCUUCUCGUACCUGGUGAGCGCGUCGCUUGACGUCUUCUACGUCAGCAUCAUCAUCCACGUGUGCGGCGAGCUGAAGCUGCUGCAGUUCUCCAUCCUGAACGUCUCCAAGAGAGCGCGGCGGGCGGCGCUGGAGUACCUGUCGGCGGUGUCGACGCUGCCGCCCACGCCGCCGCGCUCGGCCGACGGCGGCGGCAAGAAGACGAUCAAGCUGAUCGACGGCGAGGAGACGCUGCACCGGCGCGGCGUCGUCUGGGAGUUCGAGGUGUGCAAGGACAUGGAGCGACGCGAGGAGGCGCUGCUCAACAUCGAGAUGUACCGCGCGCUCAUCCGAUGCAUCGAGCACCACCAGGAGCUGCUCAACUUUACAUACGACUUAGAAGAGAAAAUGAAUUACAUUAUGAUCGUACAAUUUAUGGGAAGUAUGAUUAUUAUCUGUAUGGCUGUUUACCAAGUUACAGUGUCGACCAAAGAAGCAGGCAAUUUCAUUAAGUAUAUGGUAAAUCUGGCAUCGAUGCUGGUGCAGAUCCUUUUGUAUUGUUGGUAUGGACAAGAUCUAAUCAAUCAGUCUAACUGCGAGGAAAACAAAAUUCGUUACCGCAUGGGAGGUCCCGUAACGCUGCCUUAUAAAGAGCCGAAUCACGUGACCUCGUACGUCAUCUACCUUCCACGAUCUGCUCUGACGUGGCCAAACUACCGCUUCUUUUGCGCACGGCACCUCAUUAUAGAAGCAUCGUUGUCCUUCUUUGCUGUGCUUCGACAAAUCAACAAAUAAAUAUUGGCAAUAGUGGUCACGACCAUGAUUUGAAAAAUCUAGAGAAUUUACAAAAAUACAAUAAAAAAGGAACAUGAUAAUGCAAAAAUAAAACUAUACAUUGUUUUGUAAGGUAAAGUAACUUAAAAUGUGAGGAAUGUGAUGACAUACAAAGAAACUAUAAAUAACGACUAAAAAUUAUAUAAAUGGUAAAUAUAUAAUUUUAGACAAGUGUAACAGAUUGUUAUCAAUAUUCACCAAAGCACAACUUACAAUACGCAUUGGAAGUCAAUAGCUUGUAGCGCUUUGCAUGGAAUUCACAAUGUCAAUUCUCUCUACAUGGCAAACAUUGAUUGAUACCAAACAAUCGGAUACAAAAAUAUCUUCAUUUUUGCAAUGCCCAAUUUUUGGACUCCUUUUUCCAAUGUAUCCUCCUAACUAGUUAUCAAUGUUAACGCCAUUUAAUAUAUAUGUUCAAUAGACUAUUGUAAAUGACAGCUCAUGCAAGAAAAAGAGAAUGCUUUUGUUUCUGAAACGUGUUGAAGGCUUUUGUAAAUUACAGUAAUGUGCAACGCGAGAAUAUCUCACGAUAAUAAGCGUUUUCACAGUUUUGCAUGCGGUACCGCAAUAAAAUAAUGAAUAUCCUAGUUUUCUCUCUAUUUUCAUUAUUUAUUCUUGGGCUGUUUAUCUUAUGGCGCUUUUAUCAGAGUAUAAAUAUGUUUACAAACAAAUAUG